CAUGUUUCACCUUUUCCCGUCAAUUCAGCAUUUAUUUUUUUGAAAUUAAAUUCGACUAAGAAGGUAUCAUUAUUCAUAGAGUAAAAAAAUGACCGAAAAGUUUAGCAAAAUGCAGCAGCAAUUCCUCUGCUGUUAUCCAGUCAAUAAAAUGUCCUGGUCGUCGGUAAAACUACCCAUGGACUGGGAUGAGCAAAAGGCACUCAUUGCAGCCACCUGUGGCCAUCCACUCAAUGAGCGAUAUCCGGUGCGUGCCAGCUACCAGGAGGCAUUCGUAAAGCGACUGAUGCAGCUGCUUAAGGAUCACGAGGAGCUGCACGACGACCUAUUCAGCAGCCUCACUUCGCAGAAGUGCGAACAACAAGACAAGGACUUUGCAUACAAGCACUACCUACUACUGCAGCCAGAUGCCCAUAUCACGCUGCGUGAGUCCAUUAGCUUUGUGAACGAGGGCACCACCGGCCUCUGCACUUGGGAGGCUGCCCUGGCCCUGGCCGACUAUCUCAUGCAGCACAGCGAUGUGGUGAAGGGCAAGAAUAUUGUGGAGCUGGGCGCUGGCACCGGUCUGAUAGGAAUACUCCUCAAACUGCCAGAACUGGGCUUCGAUGCUGGCCAAAUCCUUCUCACCGAUGGCAGUGCCUCCUGUGUGCAGCUGAUGCGCGAUAAUGUGGCCUUGAAUUUCCCAAAGACGCCCAAGGAAGCCACACCCCAGUGCGAACAGCUGCGCUGGGAUGAGGUACAAGACUUUCCCUGGCAGCAAUACGCCAAAACGGAUCUCGUACUCGCUGCGGAUGUCAUCUAUGAUGAUUCGCAGUUCGAUGCCCUUCUGGAUGCCCUCGAUCAUUUGUUCACGAGUCGUGGCAAUUGCUUGGAAAUGCUGCUAGCCAGCACCGUGCGCAAUGUAGACACGCUGCACAAGUUCAUGGAGCAGUUAACCAACCGCGAGUACAAGGUGACGCCCUGUGCGAAUGUGUCGGCCUGCGUGAGUCACUUUUGUCGCGAUCACACCGCUGCCGUACAGAUUAUCUCCAUUAAACGCUAGUUUUAGGUAGUAAAAAAAUAUAUAUUAUAAACACUUGACACAUAAAAC